AAUUUACAAAGAACAACGACAGCACCAACGCCAACCCCAACACCACCACCUCCACCACCAUCCCCAAAAGAUGGAAUCAUCCGUUUCCUUCCCCUCCUCGUUAACCGAAACUACUACCACCACCGCCCCCACCCACUUUCCCUCCCCUCAUUUCCUCCCACCACCGCCGCCGCCGCCGCCGCCGCCACCUUCGCCUCCCUCCGCCGCUCCUCCUGAAGCGUCCCCGCCGCCCCCGAUCGCCCGAUCCCGUUCCCGAUCGCCCCCGCCCGCCCGCCCGCCCGCCCGCCCGCCGCGGUUUUCGGAUCCGUCCCCCGCUCCGCAUCGAUCCGCGAUUCGAUCGGCCUCCCGAUCCUGAGGAAAGAUGUUCGGAGGUGAUCCCAACAAUUGCGGGUUUCCUGUGUUCCUUGGAGAUAAUGGGUUUCAAUAUGAUACCAAUGCACUGCCUCAGCUGCAGUUAUUUGGAGAUUAUCCAGUUGGAAAUGGUAUCAGUCCCUUAAACUACACCAGAAAGGAUCACGCUGCCUAUAUGGAUCGAUCAACUAAAAGAUUUAGGGAAGCUGAAUCUUUUUCCAAAGAGCAAAAACAUCCGAUAACUCUCAGUGAUAAAAUCUAUCCAGAUGAAGCAGGUCAUUCUGGGAGCAUUUUCAAUCCCAAUCCUGUGUCAACUGGUUUGAAACUUUCAUAUGAAGAGGAUGAACAUAACUCCUCUGUAACAUCUGCAAGUGAAAGCAUGACAGCUGCACUGCCUCUGAUUCUGUCGCUUGGUGAUAAUUUCAAGGCAGAGUUUGAUCGGCAGAAAGAAGAAUUUGAUCACUAUAUCAGAAUACAGGAAGAAAACAUUACAAAGGGUGUAAGAGACCUAAGGCAAAGACAUACAACUGCUUUUCUGAGUGCUGUAGAGAAAGGAGUGGGCAAGAAGUUACACGAGAAGGACCUUGAGCUAGAAAACAUGAACCGCAAGAACAAGGAACUAGAGGAAAGAGUUAAGCAGGUGACGGCAGAAGUUCAAUCCUGGCACUACCGAGCUAAAUACAAUGAGUCUGUUGUGAAUGUACUGAAGAGCAAUUUACAGCAAGUCAUGGCACAAGGCACCAUGCAAGGGAAGGAAGGCUGCGGGGACAGUGAGGUAGAUGAUGCAGCCUCUUACACGAACCAGAACCAUCUCAGCUUUGUGGACGGUUUCGGGACAUCAGGGGUCACAAGGAACCGGAUGACCUGCAAAUCAUGUAAGAUUAAAGAAGUCUCCAUCUUGUUGUUGCCUUGCAAACAUUUGUGUCUAUGUAAAGAUUGUGCAGCGUUCAUUGAUGUGUGUCCCCUCUGCAAUAUGAUAAGAACUGACCUAGUUCAAGUGUACAUGUGUUGAGAUUUUCCCUUGGUCUGUGCAAGGCCUAGAUAAGCACUUGCAGUUGUCAAAAUGAUGAUGUUUGCUGAGUGAAUUAUUAUGAUAUGUGAAGUGGAUUGCCCCUCUUUAUGAUCAAGAGUUGUCCGAUAAUGGUGUGUUGGUCAUGGAUAGCUAAUCAGUCGGAUGAAUGGCAUCCUUAAGAAUAAAUAUUCGGAAAGAUAUUGCCAAUUUGUGUUGACCUUGGCUUCCUUUGUAUUGCAUACUGAAUUGGAAAGGCAGAUUAGCCGAUAA